UCGAUCAACCAACCACACGACCGACCACCGGUAGCUACAGGUAAGAGACGACGCCCGUGAGCGAGCGACGGCGGUAGCCGGAGCGAGGGAGCGGGCGACGGAGGUGGCGGUUUCGCCCCGGUUAACCUGUAGCUACUCCUCGCCUCACGCAAGCGAGCGACGGCGGCAGCCGAGCUUCUCCCCGCCCCGGCGGCAGCGCCGACCAGUUUCGCCCUGGUCUGACUGUAGCUUCUCCCUGCCUCGCGCGAGUGAGCGACGGCGGCAGCGGAGCUUCUCCCCCGCCCCGGCGGCAGCGCCGACCAGUUUCAACCCGGUCUGACUGUAGCUUCUCCCUGCCACAGAUGGAAUCAAGUGAGAAGACUGCUGCAACUGUUGGCCCCUCGUCGAGGAUGAAGACGACGAAAUCAACAGAUCGAUUUGGUACGAUUCCGCUGGCAUCCCGACUGUCUCGUGUCAAAAACGUCUCAGUCAUCCGAUCUGAAGCUCCGGGGAACAAGCGGAAGCUGCCUGUGUCGCAGAUGAACCCACUCGGCCCUUUUCACACGCAAUGUGGAGCUGCUGGACGACGGCGACCUCCUCUCUCUGAUUCAGCUCAGAUAAACAUAUCAACUGUGGAAGAAAGCCUAGAACUAAGAAAUGCUGGUACCACAGACGGUGAUGAGAUUACCUGCUGGACUGUUCAGACCGACACCCCGCAUUACCCAGAAAAAUAUGAGCAAGUGUACAUGUUGAAGCCAGAGGUACGACAAACUACAAGAUACCCACCACCAUCAACACCGGGUGAUGAGAGCAGUGUACCGCAUCAUGGACAUAUGAUGCGUGCUGCUAUGCAUAAACAAUGACACCACACAAGCAUGCUGGAACCAAUCGUAGAGACGAGUGAGGUAGAAAAUGAAGCUGCUAAUGGCACGGACACUGGCUACAUUGAAAGCUGGACUAAAGUUGUUCAUCAACAAACCUACGAUCAAGACUACGAGCCUGUCUAUGUUCUCAAACCAAAAACACGAGAUCAUGCGCAAGCUACACCACGCGUGCAAGCAGAUCACUCAUUGACACGUGGUGUUCCGCCAACAAAAGAUGAAGCCAUUGCCAACAUCAAAACUGGGCAUCCGCAAUUCGCUUUCAGCAAAACAACUGCAGCAACAAGGGUUCUGCUCAAAACAAUCUCCUCACAGAACCCAUUAUGGAGCCAACAUCCUGUGAGGAAACGCAGCAACAGACCGACCUCAUCACGACUGGUACCACCGCGAGAUCCACAACUCCGUGUGCCGUCACACCACCAUGUCCAAUACAGCAUGGACACUUGCAAACACCAGCAGAGCUCCGAUCAUACACGCACAACACAGACAUUCCUGCUCAACUAAUUCCAGUGCUAGGACAGGAAUUCAAUUCAUAUGACGAUGCAUUCAAUUUUUUUAAUGACUACGCCAAACAUGUUGGGUUCGGGAUAAGGAAAGGACAGAAAAAUAAGAAGAAACGCUACUUAUAUUGCGUACACUCUGGCAAAUACACAUCCUCUGUUCACGAUGCAGAUCGUCAGCGCAACAAAGUAACAAAAAGAACUGAUUGCAAGACAAUGAUGCUCUUGAAAGAAAGAGACGACGGGACUUGUGUUGUCAAAGACAUUGUGAUUGAACACAACCACAGGCUCCUUGACAGCCCGUCCACGCUCGUCUUUCUGCAUUCACACAAAACGAUAGAUCCAACAGUAAAAGAAUACAUAAAAGACCUGCAUAAGACAAAUGUUAAGCAUGUGAAUAUCAUGAGUCUCCUUUCUUGGUUAUCUGGUGGGCGCGACAAAUUGCCUUUUACAGACAAGGACGUGCUUAACAUCAAAGCAGAAUUUGCAAGGACUGAUUCGAAAGAUGAUGUGGAGAAAUUGUUUGAUUCUUUGAGGAGAUGAAGAAUGAGAAUGAGAAUUUCUUCUUUGAUGUAGACGUUGGAACUGAUGAUGAUGGUAAGAAAAUUAUCAGAAAUAUAUUCUGGUCCAAUGCUAGCUGCCAGGCUGCAUACGCAGAUUUCGGUGACUGCGUCACGUUUGACACCACAUACAAAACGAACAAGUAUCACAUGCCUUUGGGGUUUUUUGUCAGUGUGAAUAAUCAUCUGCAAUCUACAAUUUUUGGAGUUGCCUUGGUGGGGAAUGAGAGUAGCGACUCAUUCGAAUGGAUUUUUAAUGCUUUUAAGCGGUGCAUGCGAAAAGACCCAACUUGCAUACUAACAGAUCAAUGCCCUGCCAUGAAAGCAGCUAUACCUAAGGUCUUCCUCAGAACUCAUCACCGCCUCUGCCGAUGGCACAUUAUGAAAAAAAUAAAAGAUCAUUUGUCAAAAGUAUACUUAGAACAUGACACAUUUAAGGAAGACCUCGCAGCAGUCCUUAACCAUCCACUCAUGCCAGCAGAGUUUGAAGCAGCAUGGCACGACCUCAUGGACACGUACAACUUACAGAAUGACACCAUCCUGCUGGGCCUAUGGGAAGAGAGAACAACAUGGAUAUCUGCAUACUGGAAGGAGAUAUUCUGCGCCAGAAUGACGUCAGCACAAAGAAGCGAAAGCAUGAAUCAUAUCCUGAAAAAAGGUUUCGUGAAAGAAACACAAGUGCUUCACAUAUUUGCCAGACAAGUCAAUGAAUGCAUACAGAAGAGGCACCAGCUUGAGGUUGCCGAGACAAUAGCUUCAACGGGUGUCAGAAACCCUCUCACUAGGUACCUUUUCGAGAAACAGCUGAUGGACGUGUACACACGCGCUGACUACACCUUAUUCCGUGAAAGACUCUUUGAAAGCGGCGCCUUCCGAAUCAAACAGUCAACUGGGCAUGUAACGAAGUACUACGUACACCACUACAACCAAGAGAAAAUAUUCACAUGGUCAAGGCACGAAUUCCAGGUGGUCGCUGAUGAAACAAAUGGCGAAUACGAAUGCGAGUGCAAACUCUGAUCACACAGGACUAUUCUGCCAUCACAUAAUUGCACUGUUGGAACACCUGCGAGUAGCUAUAAUACCAGAUCGGUACAUACUGCAACGGUACACAAGGGAUGCAAAUAGUGACUCGGCAUUCAACCACAGAGACUACAGGAAUACAACUGUAGAUGGUACACUAAUUCAAUACCGCCACACAAAGCUGCUGAACGAGACACUGAAAACUGUCCAGAAGGGGGUAAAGACAGAUGCAGCUUACAACAGGCUGAUGACAUGCCUGAAACAAGUGCAACCAGAGCUAGAUGAUCUGAACGGUGAUGACAUAGAGUCAACGGAAUGCAAACAAUCAUCUGUAGAUGAAAAUGAAGUUGCCCCUGAUAUGGCAGAACAAAAAGAUCCAACGAUUGAGAAGUCAAGUAUGGAUGAUGAUCGCGACAAAAUACACCCACCCCCAGUGUGCAAAACAAAAGGUAGAAACAAACUGAGUGCGGCCAUGAAACAGGAACAAAAGCCAACUGAAAUCAGUGAGAAAAUCAGUUCAAAAACUGCUAGGCCAGAGCCAGUUAUUGGAAAAGACGGCAUGCCACUAGGGAGCAGACUUUGCAGCAACUGCAAUAUGAUUAGUGGGCACAACAAAAGAACUUGCGUGAAAAGGCAGCUAGAGCAAAAGCUUCUGCAAGCACAUGAGAAAAAGUAUGGGCCUGUGGACAAAUCCAUGGUUGCUGCAACUAUCAAGAAACUGCUGUCGAAAGCAACUAUGAAGGAGGAAGCUAUCAACGACAGCAAAAAUAUGAGUGAUGACAGUAAUGAAAAAGGUGGUAGUGACGAAGACGCUGAGCCUUCACCAAAGAGGAUGCACAUCAACAAAGAUGUUGGGAAAGGCAAGAUCUUCAAGAAAAGAUGCAAAAAAUGUAACAAGGUCGAAGGGCACAA